UGAGGACGGAGCACAGACAGAGUAGAGGCGCAGUGUGAGGAGGACAGAAGCCAAGAAGGAGUACGACAGAGUGGGUGAAGUGUCUGUGGACUUUCCACCACCAAGAUGUCUAAAUUAUUAAAGUCAAAGGACACCAAGGGGUCCAGCAGGAUGAGCAAGGCCCAGGCCAGCAGUAUGACCAUCCUGCUCGCUAAGAUGCAGGCGGAUGCUGACCAGGUGGAGAAAGACGUCCUCUGGGCUGAAGAAAGGCUGAAAGUGGACCAAGAAAAUGACAAGCAUGAUCGCGAAUUUCAGUAUCAGGAUCAGAUCAAUGCUAAACUGGGUGACGCAGAAGGCCUUCUUAGGGACCUCUUCCUCGACAUUGACAAACUCAAGAAGCUCAAGCACCCACAAGCUGCAGAUAUUGAGAAAGACAUCAUUGCUCUUCAUACCCGAUGGUCAGACGACACAUCUGUUUAUGUGAAUCUCUAUGAGCAAAUUGAUGACGUGCAACGGAUGCCAAGAAUUGAUUGGGCACCUGUUUUUAACCAGAAGCAAAAAGCGUUAAGCAAAGAUGUAUACGGCACCACCACGGCGGACCUGGAGAAGCAGAUUGCUGCACAAAACAUCCUGGAAAAAGAGCUGGAAGCUUACAACUCUCAACUCUGUGUGGCGUCUGCUGGAAGCAAGGAAAAACAUUCAGAAUUCAAGAAGCAGUAUAACAGCAUGCUGGAAAAAUCCAAAUUACGCCGCCAACACCUGAACAGUCUCUACGAUUACACGCAAGGCUGCGACAAAGAGCUGCAAUUCCUGAGUGAAGAGCAGGACAAGAUCAAGAAGCAGGACUGGAGCGACCACAUGGUGGAUCCGCCUGACGUCCGCAGGCAGUAUGAGCAUUUCAAGAACAACAGCCUUUUGGCCCAUGAGAGCAAAGUGAAUGAUCUGCAGGACGACUGUGAGAGGCUCCUGGAACUGAAACAUCCAGCCAGCAACACAAUAGAGGCCCAAAGAGAUGCUGUAAGAAAUGAGUGGCAGAAAUUCCUGAAUCUCUGCAUUUGCAAAGAAACACAUCUGGACAAUAUGGAGGAAUACACAAAGUAUCAAAUGGACUGUGAUCAGCUGUCAGAGACACUGAGCCAACUCAACAGCUCCGUUGACCCAAAGUCUGUCUCUAAGAAAAGUAACGCAGAGACUCUGAUGCAGCUGCAGGGGGAGGAAAAUACUGUCCAAAACUCCGAGCAGCUGUUAGCCGACCUAAGAAGAAGGAGCACAAACAUCCCUCCUCUCAGGCUGCGCCGCGUUAACCCCAGCAGACCAAUCACAGUGGAGGCCUUAUGUGACUGGGAAACAGACAAGGACACUAUAUCAAGAGGGGAAAAAUUUACCCUGAAAUCCAUCUCUGACAAUGAGAAUUGGGAGGUUAUGUCACCUAAUGGAGCAACUAAAACCUUCCCAGGAGCUUGCUUCCACAUCCCACCUCCUGACCCAGAUGCCAUUGAUAAAGUUGACCUUCUGGGGAAAGAGCUGGCAGAAAUCAAGAAAAAAAGAGCAGCUCUGGCAGCGUCCUUGAAGAAUAACCGAUCAGACGUCCAAAGAGUUCAACAGUCAGCUCCAGUUUCUUCAGCUCCAGCAGACCCCAAAGCAGCAGCUCUGGCUCAGCAGCUGGAGCAGCUGGAUGCCGACCUGGCCAAUACGGAGCAGAGCAUGCUGAGCAGCCUGCGAGCGCCGGUGAACCGCAGCGAUCCGACUGGAGAUCUGGCCAAGAAGCUGAAGGAGCAGGAGGAAGCUGCUAAGAGGCUGAAGGCUCUGGAACAGCAGAGGCAGGCGACACAGGCAGACCUGCUUUCCAAAAACCCCAGCGGCUCCUCUGCACUUAAAAACAGUGACCCCAACAAGUACAACAACAUUGCUGCUCUGGCAGACCUCUACAACAAAAAAGCAAAUGCAUCUCUCAGCCUGGAGAAUCAAAUCAAGAAGGUGGAUGGUCUUGUCUCUGGAUUUGAGAGGAACCUGAGUGUAGAUGGUCCAAUUCCAGACCUACCAAAUGCAAUUCAGGCCCGAACCCAAGACAUUCAGAGUCAGCAGAGGUCUGUGGCAGCGGCCCAGAAGGACAUGAUGAAACUGGAGCAGGAUCUGCAGACGACUGAGAAGCUGUGCAGCACCCUGCAGCAGGAUUACCAGGAGUACUGCCCCGACAUCCAAUGCCAGAGGAAGGACGUCAAGCAGCUGCAGAGUCGCUAUGCAAAUGUUGCCAACCAGCUGAAGGAAAGGGAAAACGUGUUACAAGAAGCUUCAGCUAAGCACCAGGACUUCCAGAAUACAUGCCAGUCCAUGAACUCCUUCCUAGACAACCUGCCUAAAAAUCAAAUAAAGCCCAGCGAUGAUCUGUCCGAGGUCUCUGCAAAGCAGAACUCCCAAAAGAGAGUGGUGGACGACCUAAAGCGGAGAGAAGAGGACAUAGACAGAGUGGCUGGCCUUUCUCAUGACCUACAGAAUCUGCUCAAUGACUACGAAGCUGAUGUCGACAAAUUCAAUGGUACACUUGAAGCUGCCGGUACACCUGUUCCGAAGAAGCCUCAAAUGCUGACACUCAGUGAUUCCAUUGACAAAGAGGAAAAAAAUCUGGCAAUGCGCUAUGCCGAAGCAAAAUCGGAAAACAUUCAACGGCAAAAACAGAUGGACCUGGCUCAGACUUUCCAUUUACAAAAUGAAGAAAAGGUUCAGAUGGUGGCACAGCAACAGGUUCAGCAGGAAAACCAGCAAAAAAGUGCCUUUGAAUUGGACAGCCUGGUUAAAGAACUAGAGGAAGAGAAGGAGAGGACAACCCAUGCUCAGACAGAGCUAAAAACCUUCAAAAGCAGAAUGAUGUCACUUAAGAGCCGCAGAGGAGUGGAACGUGUUGAGGAGAAAGAAGUCCUGCAGUACUACCGGGACCCUAAAUUGGAAGCUGAUCUGGCUGAGUUGAGAGACAUACUGGAUAAAGAAGCCAUGAAGCGUAGCUCCACCCAAACAGAGGUUGAGAUAAUAAAUGAGAGAAUUGUAUCUCUGGAAGACACCAUCAAGAAUAACCCCCCGAAGCUCCUGACUAGAGAGGUGACUGAGUUUGAAAAAGAUCCACAAUUGGAUGUCGAGGCUGCCAAGAUAAGGGAUGAAAUAGCUAAAAUGAGAGAUGAAAUCCGAGUUAGAGAUGGAGAGCAGAUUCAAAUGAAGACAGAGGUUUCAAUUCUCCAGCAGAAGAGGCCGCCCAUCAAGGAGAGAGUGGUUAAGAAGGAGGUGGUGAAAGUAGAACAAGAUCCACAAAUGGUGAAAUCAUUAAGAAUUUAUGAGACUGAAAUUUCCGAUGAGAGCAAGAAGUGCACACUACUCAACGAUGAAAUCUUUCAGACAAGAAGUCAAAUUAAUGCUCUUGAAAGAAUGAUCCCCAACAUUCAGCCUAAAGUCAUCACAAAAGAAGUGAAAAAGAUUGAACAAGACCCCGACCUCAUUACAGAAUCAACCAAGCUGCGAACAACCUUAGAGGAAGAAAGAAUAGAAAACAGUUCUUUGUCUCAGGAAGUGAUGGACCUGCAAAGACGCUACAGAGAAGUUCAAGCCUUGAAGCCAAGAGUUGAGAUCAAAGAAAUCAUAAAUGAGCUUUACCGGAUCGACCCAAACACAGAGGUAGAGAUUAUGCGCCUUCGCAAAGAAAUACAGGAUACAAAUAAACAACGUGCAGAUAUAGAAAAAGAGACCAGACAAGUCAACACUGAUCUAAAUGCACUUUAUUCAGAGAAACCUAAAGUAGAGGUCAAAGAAGUUCUCCAAGAGGUGGUGAAGGAAGAAAGAAGCCCUGAAAACGAGCGAGAGAUCGCAAGGCUUAAUGAUCAGGUGAACCGCCUAGACAGCCAGUGUACCUCCCUUGAAGAUCAAGUCAGACAACUGCGGCGAGAGAGAGAUGAAUGGAAGGCCGAAAAGUCAAAGAUAGAGACCCAGCUGGUGAACAAAGAGGUGAUCAAAUAUGAGCCCGAUCCACUGCAGGAGAAGGAAGCGGAGCGUUUGAGAAAAAAACUGAGGGAAGAAGCACAGUUGAGGAGAGACACAGAGGAGAUGGUUUUUGACCUUCAAAACAAAUACCUAAUGUUGGAGAGACAGAAACCAGAAGAGAAGGUUGUGGUGCAAGAGGUUGUGCGCCUCCAGAAGGACCCAAAGCUUGCAAUGGAGCAUGACAGGCUUAGUAGAAACCUGGAUGAUGAAGUAAUGAGUCGACGUCAGCUGGAUCUGGAGUUACAGCAACUGAGAACAAGGUUGGAAGACAAAGAGCGCAUUUUAAGGGAGAGUGAUGAGCACCAAAAAAGGAUUCAAGCUGAAUCUGAACUAAAAGAGAUCCGACUACGCAUCACUCAACUGGAAAAUGCCCCACCCCCAGUUGAAGAAAGUAUAGUAGUUGAGGAAGUAUUGAAGGUUGAAAGAGAUCCAAAACUGGAGAGAAUGACGGGUGGUGUACGGUCCGACAUGGACCAGGAAAGCAGAGAGAUCCUGCGUCUCCAGAGGGAAAUCCGGAAAAUCACAAUGAAGCUAGAAAUCCUGCAGAAAGAGAAGUCAGGUGAAAAGACAGUGUACAAAGAGGUGGUUCGUGUGGAGAAAGAUCAGGCUGUUGAAGCUGAAAGGGAUCAUCUUAGGGAGCAGGUGUCUCAGAACAAGUUUGCCCGACAAGACAUGGAAGAUGAAAUCAGACGUCUCAAUGACAAAAUUAAUGCUUUGAUGAGCUCCCAAUCUAACGUUUCAAGAGAUGAGACAAGCAUGCGUAUGAAAAAAGAGGCUCUAUUAAGAGACAACGAUGACCUCACCAGGGAAUUCAGAACUCUUGAAGCAAAGAAACGCGACACCAGCAUGUCUUUCCAGCAACAGAGCCGACUGAUGAGUGAAAAAACACAGAAGAGUAGGCAGAGAAGCGUUAAGAUGGAAUCAGACGUCCAGCGGUUUGAGAGGGAGAUCUUGGAAGAGAAAGAUAACAUUCAUCAACGAGACAGUAUAAUCCGUGAUUUGUUGAUGUACAUACAGAGAGAGGAUGACACAGAGACAAGGACCAAAGAAACCAAUGUCUCUACAAAAGUCACUGUUUUGGAUCCAGACACUGGCAAAGAAAUUUCUCCUUAUGAUGCCUACCUUGGGGGCAUGAUUGAUCGCCAGCAGUACAUUCACUUACAGGAGCUAGAAUGUGAUUGGGAAGAAGUAACUUCCACUGGUCCUGAUGGAGAAACAUCUGUCCUACAGGAUCGUACGAGUGGAAAGCAGUACCCUAUCAAAGAUGCUAUUAAGGAAGGAAGACUAACAGAAUAUGAUUUACAACAAUACAGAAAAGGGGAGCUUCCUAUCUCAGAGUUUGCCCUUCUUGUUGCAGGUGAUAAGAACAAGCAAUCCAAAUCAAAUUCAGUCUCCAAAAAGCCAAAUUCAUCCGUCAAAUCACUACCCUUAGAUAUUAACUCCGCUAACGAAACACAACCGAUUGCUGGAAUAAUGGAUACGCAAACAAAUACCUGCUGUACAAUCCGUAAUGCCACCUGGCGCAAACUGAUUGAACCCAUGAGUGCCCAGAGGCUCCUGGAGGCUCAAGCAGCAACAGGCGGCAUCACUGACAUUAGCAACGGUGAGAGAUACAAAGUUAACAAAGCCUUACAAAGAGGUCUCAUUGAGGACAGCCAAGUCCAAAGGCUUCUUAAUGCAGAGAAAGCUUUCACUGGGGUCCAAGACCCCCUGACCAAAGAGUGUUUGUCUGUGGGAAAUGCCGUUCAGAGGGGCUGGACGCCAAAAGAUACGGCAAUUCGACACUUGGAGGCCCAGCACCUUACCGGGGGACUCGUGGAUCCCGCCACUGGAGGUAGAGUGAGCCUUAUGGAUGCCAUUGGAUCAGGAAUGAUUGACAAUGCAAUCGCAAGGGAUCUCCAAAACGAGUCGGCCUAUGUCAAAGAUAUUGUAGACCCUAUCACAAAGGAGAAGAUCAACUACAAACAAGCUUUGGAUCGCUGUAAGAAUGACCCUGCAACAGGUUUACCUAUGCUUCCUGCCUCCUCCAAAGUGUCUGAAUACAACUCUUCCAAAUAUGCACGUUUCUAGAGAGCUUUUCUCUUUGAAGUUUAUGCUACGUGACAUGCUGCACAAAAGUUUUUUUCUGUGAAAUAUCACAAGGGCUCAGGGAAUUCAUCUAUUUUUACAACAGGAUGAAUUUUACAGUCCGCAUAUUUUGCCAUACCAAAAUAAUUGCUGCUGAGUUACCUUUGUUUACUAAAUGUAUUGUGUGGGUAUAUUUGUUUUUGGUUACUUCUGUAUGAUUUAAUUGAAAAACAUAAAUUUUAGCUUUUUUGAUAUUGCAUUUGCUUGGGAUUUUGGGAAAUGGUGCAAUACCAUCUGCUAAGAUACAACGAAUUUAUGUAACUCAUUGCUGACUUUGAACCAUUUUUGACUGUUUGAUACUUUGUGAUGAAUUAAACAACAAUAAAAUUAAGUUAUGAUGGUUCAGGAGCA